GCUAGUUAGAUGCCUGGAUGCCCAGCCAACCAGCAGCAGUGUACCGAAGAGCGAAGAGGAAGACCGUAUACGCCAGAGUGCAGCCCCCAGAGCAGAAGCAGCAAAAGGAGGAAAAUUAUAUUGCCCUCAGACUAGGUACAUUCUUGGUGCGAUUCGUCGUCGUCGUCGCCUUUUUUCCAAUGUGAAUAGUGAAAAAUCGGAUCGCGAGUUUCGUCGGAAUUAGACCCAGGAAGAGAUCCGCCGGAGGCCGUCCCGAUAUUCUCGUGUGUCGUAGUUUCCAUCGUCGUCGUCAGUGCGUGAGUGUUUUCCCGUUUUUUCUACCAUCUUCCUCUUUCUCUUCGGCGGUGAACACUCGAAUGAUGGUGGCGCAGGAAGUGUAAAUUUCUCGCCAAAGGCCAGGAACCAAACGCGAUCGACAAAGGGACGAAUUGGCCCUGCUGGAUGAUUGGGGAAAAUCGGGCGUGGAAUCCCCCCAGUAGUGCAGCCCGCUAAUGGAGAAAAGAAAAAUCCGUGAACGACGAGAGCUUGUGUGAAAAAUUUUCUUUUUCCUCUUGCUGAUGGAUCAGCAGUAGCACAGCAAGUGUGUGGAAGCUACAAGGCAGCGGCGGAGUAGGAGGAGGAAGUAGCUGAAAUUUUCUGACUGACAGUAGAGAAAGACAGCCAGCGCCAGAGUAGAAAAAAAAAAGAGUUUGUGGAGCACCCCUUAUUAAAAACGGCGAAGAAGAAUCAAGAAACGCGGCAAGAAGACGUACAGAAAGACAGAACAAGAAGAAAACCUCGAGAAAAUCGCGAUCUCAAAGAAGGAGCCAAGACAACACAGAAAAGUGAAUUUUUACGUUUUUAUUUUGUACGGUUUUCGGCUUCCUUUCUGCUUGGAUAUUUAUUGUGGUUGUCUACAUCCGAUUUGCAGGCGAGCGUUUGUUCCAGUGUAAAAAUUGCAUAAAAAAUUGCGAAUCCCAUUUUGUGGAAUUACCUACAACACAAAAAGUUGUAAAACAAAGUGUUUGUGUCGAUGUGCGCGAUCGUGUGAAAUUCUUUCCUAUCUGGUGCUCGAAUGUGUGUUUGCAUGGAUCGUUGUUCGUCCGUAUGCAGAGAAUAACAACAAUAACGAAAGCGAGAAAACGCUGAAACUUCCGGACCUGACAACUCUGGAGACACAUCGAUUCAUCGAUCACAAUCACGACGAAAGGCAUCAGCGGAGCAGCAAUCGCAGCACUACCGAAGGAGCAGCGGAAGCGGAGACAACAAAAGGAAACAAGCCCCUCUGGCCCCUCUGGUUGACAUCAAAUGUGCUGCUGGAAAUGAUUAAUACAAAGGACGAAGUCGUAAACUGGUUCAAAGAGUUACAGAGCUACAACCGGAUAGAUACGAUGUGCACCUUGCUCAAUAUGUGCCUUCCAUUCGAGCUGCGCUUCCUGGGGACGUGUCUGGAGGAGCUCGGCCGGCGGGAUGCCCAGGAAUUACGGGGCAUCGAGCUGCGGGUCAACAAUCCCCAGGAGUUCAUCUCGGACAUCGCAUCCUGCCAGGGCGGAGAACCCACGGAUCGGAAGAACCGCCGGAAGAUGGCCAUGUUCCUGGCGUUGAUCCGGGUUUGCAAUCAUACCUGCGUGAACGAACUGUUCAAGACGCUCGAGGGUUGGGGCAAUCGGGACUUUGCGCGACUCUUUGACGAGGACGUACUGCAGGAGCUGCUGCUGGUCUACACCAUGGCCACUAACCAUCCGGUGUUUUCCUUCGAACAACGCAUGAAGUGUGGUGACAUUUUCAACAAGCUGAAGAGCUGCGAACUGAAAACCAGCUCCGGUGCCAGUCACCAUCAUCAGCACCCCCACCAUCACCAUCAGGAGACUGAUAGUCUAUCGAAUGCAACGCCGCCUCCACCUAACGUUGGUUCGGCGGGAACGCCUUUGGGAAUGCCUGCGCCGUCACCGGUGCCAACUCACCCCAUCCAAUCCCAGCAACAGCCGCAGCAGCAGCAGCAGCAGCAGCCAAUUCCAAUGCAAAUCCCAUUGCCGCCACAGCAGCAGACCGUUCCGCCACCCAAUCAACAACAACAACAACCCCAGCAGCAGGUUUCGCUUCCGAUCCCGGGUUUUCCGCAGGCGCCGAUGGCACAGAUGAUGACUGGUGAUGGUAGCAUGCCGGCACACAUGACAGUCGAGGGCCUCCAGCAGAUGCAGAUGCAGAUACCUCAGGACUUCACGAUGCCCCCGCCUUCGACUGUCCCGCCCCACUGGGCGCUCCGUAAUCCCGUGUUCCAGACUUCAUUUCCGCCUCCAUCCUCGUCGCCACAUCUGAGCAAUCCAUCGUCGCCGAUCCACAGCCGUACGGCUAGUCCGACGCGGAUCCCGACGAGCAGUGUGCAGCAUCGCAUCAGUCGGAAUCAGCAACCGACUCCGAGCGAACAGCAGCUACAGCAGCGUCAGCAUCAGCAAGACCAUCGGGGGGAUCAGCAGCAGCAACAGCGGGAAAGUCAGCAGCAACAAGCGCAGCUGCAGCAGCAGUCGUUAAAAUCAGUCGAUGAGUCAUUGCUCUUGGAUCAAACGACGGCCAUGACUCAGCUGCAGCAGCUGCGCAAUGGUUAUAGGCCUAGCCAUAACACGCUGCCCCGCCAAUCGAACAAACAGAGCUAUGUCAAUCAGAUUCAGUACCACCAUCAGCAGCAACAGCAGGCACAUCAACAACAACAACAGCAGUCGAACUUCCACGGCACUAACCCUGGCCUGGGAAUUGCGUAUCCAAUGAAUAAUCUAAGUCUGAUUGAUCUGACGCAAAAGAGCAGCAGCGAUUCGGGCAGCUCGACGGGGGACAUGUCCCCGCCGGAAACUCCCGGUCUGAAUACGGCGAAUCCAGCAGCGAGCAACAACAACAACCUUGGCGGAUUGAUCCGAAGUAGGUCGUCGAAUCUGGGCAGGAUUAACGGGCGUCCGGACCAGAAGCAACAACAGCAAUUAGGUAGUUCUGUGAUAUAUAAUCCGACAGUGGUAGCGCAACAGCAGUCGCAGCAGCAGCCACAGCCACCACAGUUCGUCGGCGGCGGUAGUAACGACAUAAUGGUAACAUCAGCUACACAAAAUUUAAUUAGUAAUAGUAAUAAUAAUAACAAUACUAUGAAUAUUAGCAAUGGAAAUAACAAUAGCGUAGUGUCAAACGCUCUGCUGAUAGGAGCCCCGACGCAAUCGGCCGGAGGUGCGAACCUAGUUCUGGGCUCACAGCCACAGUUUCCUGCUCCCUAUCCACCAUAUCAUACGGCGCAUUUGGCAGCGCGACCUGCACCACUGAUUUCGACCCAUGCGGCCACAACCCUUCCGCCGGGUACUGCAUUCCGAACGCCAGCAGCUUACCACACGAUGCAACACAACGGAGAGAUUCUGUAUCCCUACCCAACGCAGGUUGCAACCGUCGGAGGUGGAGGCGCUCCCUUGGCCUUUCUGCCAACAGCGACCGCGCCGGUAGCUACCAGUACCCAAACGUUACGGUCAGUUGGUACAUCCCAACAACCCCCGCCACCACAAGCACCACAACAGCAGGUCCAACAACCCCUGCUAAUACAGCAAAAAGUGCCCACAGCCUACACGCCACCUGCCGUCGUUGCUGCUGUUCCUCCCCCGCAUCCUCCGAGUGCUGGCACUCCAACGGGAAUGUACUCCGCUCUGUCCUGCUUCAACUGUGGUUCCCAAAAGCACACCGGGCUAGACUGCCAGGAAGCGUCCAUGGAAGACGUGACGCGAAACUCGAUCUACAAACUCGAUUACAACGCAGCAGCGACUCAGCAGCUGGCCGCGGCAAUAGCUGCCGGCGCGAUUCCCAAUCCCGCCCUGGUCGCAGCAGCCGCGAGCGUCGUUCCCGUAUCGUCCACAUCACCUCCCUCGUCCGUUUCGGUAGCAUCCCUACCGCCACUGUCGGCGGUGCCAUCCUCGGCGUCCUCUUCAUCGUCCUCGUCUUCAUCUUCUUCAUCAUCGUCUUCGUCUUCGUCUUCUACUUCGUCGCUAACAUCUGCUUCAGUCUCGUCCUCGACGACGACACUGCCACUAGCGCCGCAACCUCCUGCACCACACCAACCGCAGCAGCACGGAUCCAACCUUCUUAUUAGCAGUAGUAGUAGUAACAAUAGCUCGCUAGACGCCUCCACAUCUGUAUCAACACAAACAAUAAAUAAUCAAACGGAUAGCAGUAGUAGUAGCACUAUUAGUAAGUGAUCUUCAAUCUAAAAAAACUAAUCUUAUAAAAAGAAUGAUAAAAAACACAUAUUCUAUAAGAAGAAAAACUAAUUAAAAAGUAAAUAGUAUACUCUGCAAAAAAGGAUAAAAAGUCUAAAAAAGAUAUAGGAAACAAAAAAAAAACACAAACACACGUACACACACAUGCCGAAAGAGUAAGUCUGUCAGUAACGGGACACAAAAUUAGCAAAACUGAAACGAAAGAAGAAAAAAACAAAAAACAAAAAUUGGAACAAUUUUACUAUUAGAAUGGUUAAUUACGGCAAAAAAGAAGAAAAACGAGAACUGACAGUGAAAUCGUGUGAUGUAAAAGUGAAUGAUGAUUAUUUAGUGUGUUGGCUUGGAACGGAACGUGCUCCUACACCGGCAAAUAUCUGAAACAUUCGGCUGAAAAUUGUAUUUCAAGAGAAGGAUAUCCUAUGAAAAUCCUUUCUUAUUCAUCGCAGGCUUUCGAAAACCAGAAAAAAAGAUGUGUGCCAUUUUACAAGGAACGAAAAAAAAAACCUUUUUGUAUUUUAACCCUAGACAUGCAAGUACGGAUGGAUGGAAACACAGUUAUACAGUGUGAUACAGCGAGACUACACCGGGAAAUUAAAAAAAAGAAAACAAGUUACUAGCACAGGGUAGGGGCACGCCAAUCUUAUUGACUAAGGUCGAGCAUCAACCAGUAAGACGAAAAGAAAAAAGUCAGUCAGCCGUCAGGUUUUUUUUCCUUGUUUUUGUGUAGGACAAAUCCAAUAACCUCUUGUACUCAAAAUAUUUAUUUUUUAUAUAUUUUCCCCUAUUUUUGUAUAUUGCCGCAUAUUAUAGUACCCAAAACUGGAGCUUUUUUGUUUCGUAAAGUUUUUCUUUUGAGUUAUUAGAGGGUAAUCUACUUAUCAAAUAUUAUGCUUUAAGGACCUCUGCUCUGCGGGCAGGUAAAAAAAUGUAAACAAGAUCACGAUCAACUUUUUAAAUGUUUAUUUAAAUGUAGUUAUGAUCUAAUGUAAUAUUGUGUAAAUGUACUUGUUGAUACGGUUAAGAUA